GGUGCAGAUGGAGGCCGCUGGCGUCCUGGAUUCGUAUGCAACGGCGAAUCCCCGUGUCCGACUCUCAAUGCGAGGGAGGGGGAUCAGAUUGAGCUCCAUACUACCAAUGAUCUGCCAACACAGCUGUCGAUCCACUGGAGUAACACUGACCACCUAUGCAGGUUUGAGAACGACGGUACAGGCGGCCUCAACCAAUGGGCAAUGCUUCCUCGUAGCAACUGGACUUCGCAUUUUGACACAAGCGGACACUGGGGCUUGAACUGGUAUGCUGAUCACACGGGCGCAGGGGUUGCGGAUGGUGUCUACGGGACCGUCUGGACCGCACCAUCGCCUUCCCGACCGCGUCCGUACACAUUGAUCGCGGGAUCUCCUGUUCAUGUCCGUCUGAUCCAAGAAGCAGAGGAUGACAUACAGCACAUGGUUUUAUGGAAUUCCGACUUCCGCACCGCGGACUGGAAGAUUCAGAAAAUGAAAGCCAAGGGAACUGGACUGUCGUGCUACAAGUCUAUCCUGGUCAACGGCAAGGGCCGUGUGUUCUGCAAGAAUCCCAACUACAAUACUAUCGAUGGACACGAGCUCGACGAUGCUGGAUGCGCCGUGACGCCCGGCAUCGAGCCCGAUGCCUGUACGCCAUCUUUGGCUGAUUUCACGGUGAUUGAAACCCAUGGCAAGGAGUACAUCAUGCUCAACCUCAUCAACGUUGGCUUCGAACACGCACUGAAGUGGAGUGUUGACAAUCAUCGAGUCUGGGUCGUCGCGAACGAUGCUGGGUUCAUUGAGCCACAAUUGGUCGAUACCGUCUACAUCACCAACGGAGCACGCGUGACCGUGCUGCUCAAAUUGGAUCAAGAUCCAGACGAUUACGCUAUCCGUAUCGCUUCUACCAGCAAGCUGCAGAAUCUGGAAGGCUAUGCCCUCCUGCGCUACCCGGCAAAACGCUAUCCAAUUUACGGCCAGCCAAUGGCUCUUCCUUCCAUCAGAGCCAACACCAAGACUUGUCUCAAUCCUGAUAGCUCAGUUCCUCACGGGUGCCACGAAUUUGACGAGUAUACUGCCCGUCCAUUCCCAGCUCAGAUCCCAGACAAGACAAGCAACAAGACGUUGCUCUGGACAGCGGGAAGUCAGCCUUCCAAGUACGAACAACACGUCACAGAAUAUUAUGUGAAUGAGAAGCCCUGGCAACUCUUCCGUGCCGCUAUGGAACCAGUCUACUUUACCAAAGAUGCAGCCAGCGUGGCCAAGCCUAUCCAGGCGGGUCUCCCCAUCGGCACCGUUGUGGACUUGAUCGUGCAAAACACCCUCAACGAGACGAUUCCACUUUACAAGCACGGCAACCCAACCUUCCAUCUGGGUUCGCGAGCUUUCGAAAAGUUCGAAUGGAGCUCCAUUCAGGAUGCGCUUGAGCACCAUGCCGAUAUUAACAUCAACGAUCCGGCUCUUGCUGUCGUGCACGACCUUCCCCCACUUGGUUGGUUGGCCAUUCGCUGGAGAGUCACACUGACGGGCGCGACUAUGUUCCACGCAGUCAAAUUGCGCUAUUUUGCGCUUGGUAUGGCCGCUCCCAUGCUCGAGGGCAUCGAGACCUCGGUCAGGGGGUCCGUCUCUGAAUAUGCUAAGCAUCAACCUCACGUGAUGUUUGAACCUGGCAAUGAUGGUGUGUUUGGAUGA